AUAUUUUUCCUGCAGUAGGUUUCCUACAGUUUCUACCACAAAAUUCCCACAUUGUGUAGCAAUACAGUUUUAAGUGAUGGACACAGAAUAAGGACACAACAGAGGUAAGGGUGUGAAACAAAAAAGCCAGGGGAGAAAUCCUGCCUCUGAGAUCUUGCUCCAAAAGAGAAAUCUCUUCUCCCCUAAAGGUUAGAAAUAUCACAAGAGUGGUUUGAGAACGUUCUCUCUGGGGGAUCACUAUGGAGAAUGCUUUUUACCAAAUCAAGCAUAUUAAAGCCAAAAUCAAUUUUAUCUCCCAGAUAAUUAUUUUCACAAAUACCACUGUAAAGUUUCUAAUGUUAUAGCAGUACUUAGAACAUUGUAUUAACUGAAUAUGUGUGUGUGUGUGUGUGUAUUUUUUCAUGCUUGUGGUGUGUAUCAGUGAUUUUCAUCUUCUUUUUUGGUAUGUGGUCAUCUCAAACUGCCCAAUGAAUAUUUUCACUUGACUUCUGUUGAUACCUCCAACUUAACCUUUAAACAAAAUGUCUACUGACUUUCCUAAUUCCCUUUAUUUGCUCCCUCCCUCACUCCCUUAUCCUGCUUAGGCAGCCAGUCAUUCCAUUUUGUUAAUCCUUCCUUUGUUAUUUCUCUCACAUUCAUUUCUCUUUUCAUUUUUAUGGUAAUCCUUUAUUUAGGCCUUGAUUAUCUAUCUUGUGCUUAUAUCACACAUACACAAAUUGGUCUUCCUUUUCAGAAUACAAAUUGGUCUUCAAGUGUAGGUAGUGCAGAGACUGGAUAGAGGAAUGAUUUUCCCGCAUGCCAAAUGAGGCCAAGCAAGGUAAGGUCAGACCAAGAUAGGUGAGCUAUGUUUGGGCAGAGUGGGGCAGGGGAGUUUAGGCUCUAAUCCCCACCUCUUGGAAAUUGGAGAUGGGGGUGGAGAUGCUUAGUUCCAGGCAGGAUGAGGUGGGUCAGAGGAGCAUAUCAGGGAUUGAGGGUGGAAUUCCUGCUCCUUAGUAUCUGCAGGUCAGAGUAGGGUCAGUCCCUCUAGAUUCUGUGCCCUGCCCUUCUGGCUAAACACUUAUCUUUCAUUUAUUUGUGGCUAGAGAGAGUACUAGAGAGACAGUAAAAGUUUGUUGAAGCCAGAUAUUUUACUUUUUCUUAUAACUUACAUGAGUAACACAGUAUUUUAUAGGUGAUUUAUAAUGCUGUUAUUAGAGGUAUUAAUAGUCUUUAUUUCAGAGUUAAAUCUUUCAGGUCCUCUUUGAGACCCAUCUGGCUCCCUUUGGAGAUGUUUAUUUAUUAGAUUAUUAAUGUUUCCUUGAAUCAAAUUACAUAUUUUAGAGUUUAUGGGACUUUCUCUGCUAAAAAAGGAUACUAUCUUCAGGAAGCAAUGAAUCCUAAAAUUGACUUUGAAACACUCAACAAUUUGCCAGCAACAAUACUACAUAUCAUCUUUUUAAAGUUUGUGUUUGACGGCAUAAUUUUUGACUUAUUUCUCUCAGGAUUCAAAAAAGAAAAAUUUUGACUCAUUUAGCCAUGAAACAAAAGCCUUUACUUCUCAAGAUCAUAUCUAAGUUUCCCAUGUUAACGUCCCUCAUAAUCUUGUCAAGCGCUAUAUUUUAAGGUAUUUUAAUUGACAUAAAUGUUCCCAGAGACUUCUCACCAAUACCAAUUCGAACUUUAAUACUGAAGAUGUUUAGCAGUCCUUGUGUUUUCAAAACUAGAAGCCUUUGCGGGAGAAAAUAUUCAAACACAAAAUUUCAACUUCUGCUUCAAACAACCUAUUUUGUUACAAAUAAGUGUCUCUGAAGAACCUCUUAAUACUUUUCUGUUACCUGCUUAUCUGUUAGUCUGCUGAGACUAGAUAUUCAAAUAUUCCAAAAGCCAGAGUGUAUGAAAGUUCACUUUCAUCUCACUUGUCAUAGGAAUUUAAACAUUAAGCCUCAAAGUAUGGCACCCUUAUAUGUCUUUUCAAAAACAACAACAACCACAUUGUGACUACUAGAUGAGGUAAAAUUUGUAAUAACAGAAUCAAAAAAAGUCAACCCUAACUUUUCAGCGCUUGAACUCCCAAUCACCCCCACUAAAAGCUUCUUCAUUGUUAACCUGGAAUCAUAAGAUCACUUAUCAUAAGAAUCACUUAUCAUCGAGUAAGUGUUCGGGAGAUGUGACUGUGAGAUCCAGCUUUGUAAAUAAUUUCUGGAUGUUUUUGGGCGAGUCAUUUCAUCUCUCUGAUUCUUAAUCUCUUCACUUAAAAAUGAGGGACUUGGAGUAUCAGAUGAUUUCUAAAUUUCUUCUUACUCAAAGUCUAUUAUUCUGAUCCCAAAGAAGAAAUCGAAUCCUUCUCAAUACAUCCCAAAUUGGAUAUUCUGGAUAAGAAAUUUUGAAACCAAGUCACACAAAGAGUAUGUGAGGGCUAAGAAGUCUAGUUUGGGGAAGGGUAAACAUUAUGUACGAAAAAGAAAUGUCUUAGAAGAAAGCAGGCAGGGUGGGCGAGGAGGCGGAAGGGUCGCUCUAUAAACCGAGGUAGAAGGAGCACCCGACAGCAACGCCUACCGCACCCGGAAGGCUCAAGGAGGCGCCCUGGGCAGGGAACUUCCGGUUGCGGGGAAGGGCGGCGUCCUCUCCUACGGACUUGUCGCACGCGGCUUGUCAUCGCGUUCCGUCUUGCACGCCUCGCAGCUCAGCUCCGCGCGAGUUCCAGGCGCUCAGCCCCGGAGCAGCGCCCCGGCAACCAUUGAGGCGUCACGGUUCGUCACGGGAUUCGGAGCCGGGCGGCUACGGGCGGGGUGUCGCAGCUCUCUUCGACUACCAGUCCUCAGGAGCCGCGGCGGCGACUGCGCCUCGGACGGCCGUCGGGGCCGAGAACCAUGAGCCCCAGGGGCACGGGCUGCUCCGCCGGGCUGCUGCUGACUGUCGGCUGGCUGCUCCUGGCGGGCCUCCAGUCCGCGCGCGGGACCAACGUCACCGCUGCCGUCCAGGAUGCCGGCCUGGCCCACGAAGGCGAGGUCGAGGAGGAGACCGAAAACAACGACAGCGAGACCGCAGAGAACUACGCCCCCGCUGAAACCGAGGAUGUUUCAAAUAGGAAUGUUGUCAAAGAAGUAGAAUUCGGAAUGUGCACCGUUACAUGUGGUAUCGGUGUUAGAGAAGUUAUAUUAACAAAUGGAUGCCCUGGUGGUGAAUCCAAGUGUGUUGUACGGGUAGAAGAAUGCCGUGGACCAAUAGAUUGUGGCUGGGGUAAACCAAUUUCGGAAAGUCUUGAAAGUGUUAGACUGGCAUGUAUUCACACAUCUCCUUUAAAUCGUUUCAAAUAUAUGUGGAAACUUCUAAGGCCAGACCAACAAUCCAUUGUACUUGUAAAUGAUUCAGCAAUCCUAGAAGUACGCAGGGAAAGUCACCCCUUGGCUUUCGAGUGUGAUACACUGGAUAAUAAUGAAAUAGUAGCAACUAUUAAAUUCACAGUCUAUACGAGCAGUGAAUUGCAGAUGAGAAGAUCAAGCCUACCAGUCACUGAUGUAGCCCUAAUUUUUGUGCUGACCAUAGGAGUCAUUAUCUGUGUAUUUAUAAUCUUCUUAUUGAUCUUCAUAAUCAUAAAUUGGGCAGCAGUCAAGGCUUUCUGGGGGGCAAAAGCCUCUACACCUGAGGUACAAUCUGAGCAGAGUUCUGCAAGAUACAAAGAUUCAACUUCUCUUGACCAAUUGCCAACAGAAAUGCCUGGUGAAGACGAUGCUUUAAGUGAAUGGAAUGAAUGAUGUUUGAAUGAUAUAUAACAAACCAAAGGAUAUUACAGAAUAUUAGAUUCAUUAUUAUAAAAAUAAAAUACACAUUGAAAUACUUUAAUAAUUUUGCAAUGGAUUGCCACAGUGUGAAGGACAUGCAAUGUGGAUAUCGGACUGUUUUAUCAGGGCAUUUUUCCAGUACAGUUAUCAAAUAUUACUUUUAAUUUGUUCUCAACACUUAUUUCAGGUAAUAGCUUGGGGAUAUUUAUCUAAAGGUACCCCCAACAAAUCUUCUAAGUGCAUUUUUGAUCACUUUGAUAACUUCUUAGGUGAUUUGCCUGUUUUGUCUUAAAUAAGAACAACGUAAUAUAGAAAUGCUUUACAUAUUAGACUUUCUCUCCCCUAGAAGCACUGGGUUGAACUUGCUAAAGCAAAUCAUACUUUAGAAUCUCUGCAGGGAAUGUGACGUACAAAGUUUGUAAGACAUGAAGUAAUAAUGAUAAUGAUAACAAUAAAUACUUAGUGACUACUAUGUGCCAAGCGUUGCUCAACCUAUUUUCCAUAUAUUAGGUGACUUAAAUAUGAUUGUAUAUAGGAAAUAUGUAAGGAAGAACUGGAGAGGAACUUGGAGGUGCCUGAGGAAAUGACAUGAAUUUAAGACGUCCUGUAUUUCUCAGAGAAGCAGUAAGUUAAGGACUUUUGAAUUACCACUGAUAAGUACCUUCAUUGUUCUUGGUAUACAGGUAACAUCUCAGAACCAAGGUACUUAUUUUUGAACAUUAUCACUGCCUUUUUGUUCUGUGUAAUUAUGUGAUACUGUUAUGGCCAACUAUCAAACAAGGUACCGAGACAUUAAUUUGAUUCAGUAGACUUCAUCAGAAAUGAAUUUUCAGAGGUUAUCAUGGUAGCACAAAAUACAUACUUUUUAAUGUUUAUAUGAAUUCUAUGCCAACUUUAUUUCUAUUAUUAUGGGAUUUAUCUGAUACCAUUAACUCUUUGCACACCUGUGCAGAAGACAUUGUAAAUGGGCAUUGAUUGUGCACCUCCCUCUAGUACCCAAGAAAUAGGCUGUGUUGUAGAAUUAUUCACGUUUUCUGUUACAUAACAUUUGUAUUUGAGAAAAGCAGUGAGGAAUUGGCUGGAAAAUGAUUUUGUUAUCUAUUGUAGGAAAUCCACUGAGGACUUUAAGUGAAAAAAAUUGUUUUCAUAAAAUUUUCC